AUAAAUACGUAUAGCUUGUGUGUUUACGUUGCUAUCGAUUCCCGAAACUGCAUCAAGCUGGAAUGCUUUAUAGACAAGCGAGCCGAGCUGCUUAGAGUAAUUUGGAGUCGGCUGAAAAACAUUUGAGGAUGAUCAGUUUAAGUGGAUCGUGCCGUUUGUAACAUGGAAAUGGUUUAAGUUAAUCUUCACGCAACCAUAGUGAACAUGAUAAUGUUCUGAAUAUGUUGAUGUACAGAUCCAUUAGAGCAAAACAAUUCAAGACAAAAGAGGUAAAUUGAAAGAAGCGAAGCAAUUAGCUCAUUUUAUUACAUCAGUAUGAGUCAGUCCACAGUGCUAAAACACUCAAGUUCGAAGAACACUUGAUUGGUCUUUGAUUAGUAUCACUGAUACAAUCUAAACAUUUCAAGGAGUUCAAAACUGUAUCACGAACAUUCAGUCCUAUGAAGAAUCAUCGACGCAAGCGGAGAAAGAAAGGCAAGGCCUUGCAAGCACAUGCGAAAGAAACCUUAUCCGAAGCCACCGAAAUUAAUCCGCUGAAAGAGGAGGUCAGAGAAAUGAAACCAAGCAACCUGCAAUUCAAUUUCGUGUGUGCGGAUCAUUACAGUUUAUACGAGAGAACUUCGGUAAGAGAAGAGACGAGGAAAGAAGGUGCAAAUUCUGAGCUUGUGUUGGGGAACGGAAGAGAAGAAACAAAGCGAGUGCUGAAAGGUGAACCAAAAUCUGCUUUACCGCCACUGAAAGAAAGAACACAAAGAAGGAAGCAGUUGACCUUUGUGGGAAACGGACGUGCUUGUGAGCACUCGAUACUCGAGGAAGGCAGAAAUGUGGCAGAAAAUAGUCAAAAUAUUGCUCCAACCUGCUCUGAGAGUCAAAAGAAAUUAGCAAGUCUAUCGUUUGUAGGGAUCUAUGAUUUAGAUGACAUGGGUAAAACCGAAACGAAUAAGAAAGAUAAACUAAAUAGCAUUUUGAAAUCAGGCAAGCAAGGAGAUGGAAUAAGUUUUGAAGAAAUUGCCGAAGGAGUAGAGGAACCCUCCGAAAGCACAAAACGUUACGUUAUUCAAACGUUAACUCUUGAGGGACAAAGUCCCUUAAGUAGAACAACUUUAUUUCAAGAUAAAUUGCUACUUCCUGGUAUCAAGGAAAAGGCUCUAUCGACACGUCCACAUAAAAUCUUCCAUGACGAAUAUAAAACGUCUAAAAGACGGCAAAGACGGCACAGGGAAAGCGAGAACAGGCUUCCCAACAUAGUUCAAAGUGUUAACAGAACUCCCAGGAUUAGCCCCAGAAGCUACAGAGGAAAAUUACGAGCGCGUGAUAAUUCUUUUGAACAAGUUUAUUUCGAGAGGAAUCUUCCCCGCCUGCCGCUCAUAGUGAACGGGAGAAUGUCACAUUCGUGAUUAUCACCUAAACAUGUACACCGAAGUAUGGCCAAGUAUGUUUUGUUAGUCUUUUAUCUCCAAUUUCUCUUCCGUAAACUACUAACACGGUUUCAACUGAUGUAAUAAAGUUGUGAAAUCUUUUGUAAACUGCUGUGGUAACUUUCAACAUGCACAUGUCAUGUUCUUGAUUUGCAGCGAGAUUAAUACUUGCUAACACUCCUCAGUAAAAUUUCGUGUUUACUGGAUCAACACUUUCCCUCGAAAACGAACUCUAUUAAUCUUUUUCUUUUCAACUUGGCUAUGCAUUCUAAUACAACACAAUUCUUUUCAACCAAUAUUUUGACUCCAUCAAUGGAGUGAAAGCUUUUUAAGCACUGUAAUCACUACCCUAACUGAAAUAUAACAUUUCUGUCGUCCUAAUUGAUUUGAUUUUCAAAAUUAGUUUAUUUUACCACCAUUACGCGGAACAAAUUGAAAUCUAGAUAGUGACGUCAAACAAUUGUUGUAUACACGUACAUCAGGUCUUUUAAGAUGGAUAUCCGGAUUAACAGAGUACAUUUUGUCGUCAGCAUACAAUGCAAAUCACUCCAGCGAACACUCAAGACUUUACUUAAGCAUUAUCUCAUUAUUAGCAGACGGCAAAACUGAUGACCCACUGAUGCGCGGAGACAAAACUGACAGCGGUACACGAAAUGAUCUCGUGCUUGGUAACCAGGUUGCUAGGUGAACGUGCUUUGUAAACUUUUGUAAACUUUCAAUUUCUCUUUCUCGGUUAAGCCGUUAGACGGGAUUAGUUUCUAAACAAACCGUUGUGUAGCAUUAGUCAGUAACUAGAGUAAUUAAGUAACCUCUCAAAGUUCGUUAAUUAACUUUUAUGCACAUAUUUCAAUCGAUCGCGUCUUUUUUUUUUCGUUUUCACAAGUUUGAAUUCUUACCAUGCAAAAUUUUUCUAGGCGAAUUGAUUUAGUGAAUGAGUUCUCUCUUUUGGAAUACAUCAUUGACGAUCAUCCGAUGACGUUUUUGGUCAAAAUAAUAUGGCUGACGCAGAAAAAUGGAAAGUUGACGAGUUUUAGGACUGAAGGCCCCUCUACGAAACAAAAUGGCGACAUGGUUCGGGAGAUGCGUGUUUUGGGGUCAUUUUUACGACGAUAUGAGUUUCAUAUAUCCCUGCACCAUAGAAAUCACCAUCAACUCCUAGCGUAUUUCAGAUUCUUUACUAACACUCACCGUUACUUUCACAAAUUAUAUCAUAGACCUACUUGACACAUGUAGGUUAGGAUUCAUCAUCUCUCUACCCUACCUUCGAUCCCUUCCCCUGCUUCCCAUUCCAACAAAAGCCCUCUGCCAUGCCUCCAGUUGAAUUUCAUGAGUAAAAAAAGUGAACGGUUUCUUUUGCUUGUAUCAGAUCCACAUCAACAAAUGUAAUCAAAUGGAAGAUCACGAGGCUUACGAAGAAAACCAGGAGUCAUUGUGAAGUCACGGACCAUAAAAAAUUUUUUUUUUCUUGCGGCUUUUAUUAACUCGUUUGUGAACAAAACGUCUGUUAAAGACCCUCGUGGGAGACGCUGUUGUUUUAAUGUGGUUUCAUAGCAAUAGCUGAAGUCAUUUGUUGAUUAAAGUUCCUUUUGCGUUGUUAUUUUCA